UGACAAAGAAGAAGAAGAAGUUAACGCGAGAACUGAGCCCACCGGGCGGCGGCUAAAUUGUAGCUGUGCUAACUAGUUAGCAUACUGGCUGCAGCAAUACCUGUGAGCGGAAGAAGAAAAAAAAGUCUGAAUAAAAUGAAAUCCUAACGCUAACAACACAGGGGUUUUUUUUUAUUAAACAUUAGCAGCAGAGUCUAAAUUAGAUAGCAAAACGAGAACGAGAUUGCUAAGUCAUAAAGGCAGGGGCUUCUAGCAUAAGCCAACGUUAGCAACGGCUAUCAUUAGCUUAGCAUUUAGCAAAGGCCUCAGUUAGAACUCACUGACAUUUAAGUUACGGUUAUCUGCAAUUCUACAUGGAAAAAUAACAAACAGCUCGGCGAGCUCCCGGCGGGUGUCCGGGAUCUGUGGUGGAGUCGCUUUCGCAUGCAUCGCCAUGAUGGAUCGAGCUAUCUGGAAACAAAACAGAGGCGGGCCGGUAUAAAGCGCCUGUUAGUCGGCCAUUUUACCAACAGGUGGGGCUAAAGGACCGCGUCAGGGCCAUCCAUCCACUGUGUUUACAUCGCCAUGGAAACACGAUAAGAUUUGCUGACUUUCUGCGUCUUCACUGAACCAUGGGCAUAAUGGACCGAAGAUUUGAUGAAACAGAAACGGUUCCAGCUUACAUCGUUUCAUCUCAAUUUCCAACAACAUACCAAAGACUGGUGAAAGCAAAUCAAGAAGUUAAAGGAUUUUCAUCUCAAGCUAGGAGAUUCCCUUCAAACAAAUGUCUGAAUGAAAGUCCAGGACCAGGCAGUUAUGUAUCUAUUUCCAGUGCGGAAGUCCAAAGUCCCUCCUUCUCCAAAAAAGGCACCACAGGCUUUGUUGGAUACAAGACUACCAGGGGUCCUGGUAACCCACAGAGAUGCACCCCAGGACCGAAUGUCUACACCCUGCCAAGCUCCUUGGUAAACAAGAACAAGUUCAACGUAGGAGUCUCCAGGGUGUUCAGGCUGCCCGUGGCUGUGCAGAAGGAUGGUCCGAAGCACCCAACUCCAGCCCCGAAUCAAUAUGAUGUCCGUUGUAGCAGCAGAGGGGGCUUCUCCUCAGGGUUUGGCACAUCAACUUUCCUGUCAAAAACUAAACGGGACUCUAUUUACUUAAACAAUGAUUUGCCAUCACCAUGCCACUAUGAAGUACGCAGCAAUAUAAUCCAGCAAAGCUCCAAAGCAGUCGUGUCCCCUUUCAAAUCAAAAACUCAGAGAAUCCCUCCUCCGGUUGACUACCAUGUACCAGGCCCAGGAGCCUACAGCCCCCAUCAGCCCCCUGCACCGGUGAAGAAGACCAUUCUGCCGAGAGGAUUUUAUUUGGCAAUAUCAGCACCUCCUCUGAUUGUCCCUAAGGACCCUCCCUUUCCAGGCCCGGGGCAUUAUGACAUAAGGGAUAAAAACUGCCUGUAUCCCAAGCCAACUGCAGCGUUUGCAUCCAGAACUGAAAGGAUACCCCAAGACUCACUGGGUGGCAUGACGCCAGGACCAGGUUUCUACGAUCCACAGAUUUUGCCAAAGCAGUCCUUCUUUUUUAACGACUCCAGAGUCUGGCUUCCUGUAUGAAACGUUCAAGGUCAUCUAUACUGCAGACAUGUACAUUUCUCAGACACAUGAACUGUGAUUAUCUGUUUCAAAAUGCUUCUAUGCAAGGUAUGUGUUUCUAAGUAUUUGUCGAGAAGAAACAAUGAAAAUUAAAUGUUUGCAACCA